AUGGCGGCUGUCACUGAUUUAAGCGGUGCCCAACCCACCCUCUUGGCCGAGCCUCUAGUUCCCGAGGGAGCAGAGGACUCAACGACAUACUUCCAACAAUCAGAAUCUGAGGAGGAGGUAGAACUGGAAGAGGGGCAUGAAGAUGGCGCAGAUAACGGAGAGGGUGUAAGUGAAGAGCAACAGGCUACGGCCGAGGCCGAAUCAUCAAGUUCACCAGAGCCGAAGACGGAAGACGCGCCUAAAUCAGACAAGAAGAGCAAGAAGAAGAACAAGAAGAACAAGAACAAGAGCAAGGAGAAGGAGAAGGAAGAGACUAAGGAUACCCCACCCCCCGCGGAACCUACGAAUAAUGACGACAACGAGAAAUCUGUAACGACAUCACCUGGAGGAAAGAAGAAGGAUAAGAAGGGAAAGAAGGGCAAGAAGGACAAGAAGAAGGGUGCAGCAAGCCCAUCUUCUGGGGCAGCAGAACCCGAGGCCGAGGCCGAGGCCAAGGCCGAAGAGGCCAAACCAGAGGAAGUGAAGGAGGAGGUUCCUGUGGCGGAGGAAGAAGCUGCAGCUCCGGAACCGACGACUGAAGCCCCCGCAGAGGAAGCCGCUCCAGCAGUAGAAGUCGAACCGGAAGCAGUUCCUGAGAUGAAGGAAGAACCUACCGCAGAAGAGCCCGCCGCGGAAGAGCCUGCCGCAGAAGAACCUGUCGCGGAAGAGCCUGCCGUAGAGCAACCUGCCACGGAAGAACCUAUCGCAGAAGAGCCCACCGCAGAGGUAACGCCUGAGGAAGUACCAGGUGAUGCGUCUGCCCCUGAAGCGGCCACGGAAGAUGCCCCAGGGGAGGAAACGACUUCGGCCGACACGAAAGCGGCAGAGGAACCUGCCACAGAAGAAGUUCCCGCGGAGGAAGCAGCUUCAACAGAAGAGGCACCGCCCGAGGAGCCUGCCGCCGACGAUACCGCAAAGCCUGUAGAUGAAGCGACUGCUGCCGAGCCUGAUGCUGAGCCCGCAACUGAGGCUGCCGCACUAGAAGAGCCUGCGGAAGAGCCAGUGGCCGAAGAAACUGUUGCUGUUGAGCCACAGGAAGAUGCCGCUCCAGAGGCAGCCGAGGCGACUGCCGCUGACGAUGCUACAGGUGAAACCCCGACAGAAGAAACCGCUGAAGAACCACCUGCCAAAGAGGAAGAAUCUGCUCCGGAACCUGUGGUUGACGAUGUGGCCCCUGAGGAGCCUGCAAGUGCCGAGCCUGCUGGUCAAGAAGCUGAUGCCUCCGAGGAACCCGUCGCUGAGGUCGUGAAUGAAGCUGCUGUUGACGCUCCUUCAACCGACGCUGCAACUGAAGAUGCAGCAGCCGAAGAAACCACAGCGCCAGAGAAAGACAUCGUAAAGACAGAAUCGGCGCCAGUAGAAUCUGACAACAACGAAAGCUCGGCGGAAGUAGCUCCCCCAGCGGCAGAAGAGGUUGCGGAGGAGCCAAAGCUUGAAGAAACCUCUGCUGAAGAGGGUCCAGUGUCUGUCGAAGCUGCAUCAGAAGAAAUGCCUGCCGAUUCAUCUACAGCAGAGGAACCUACUGCUGGUGAAGCUACGGAAGCCGACAAGGCUCCAGAACCGAUUGCUGACGCCGACAAAAACCAAGAGUCAACCCCCGAUGAGUCACAAGAAACCAAAGAGGAUGUUCCCCCAACUGAAUCAGAGGCAGCAGCAGCAGAAGAGCAGGCUGAGGAAACCGAAGCUUCGCCAGAGGAUGAAUCCGCACCAGUGGACGCACCAGAACCAGAGUCUGUUGCUGAACCGAAGGACGAUUCUCCUGCCGACGUAGCUGAGCCUGAACCCACACCUGUAGAAUCAGCAGCUGAAGAAGCUCAAACAGAAACAGCGGCACCUGAGCCAGACAACAAUUCCGAAGAAGUUCAGCCAGACUCUGUUGAGGUAGCUGAAGUUGACACAGCCAAGGAAGAAGAAUCUCAAGCCGACGCAGUUCUGCCGGAAGAAACUGAACCAGAGAGUGCUGCCCCUGAAGCACAACCGGAAACUGAGCCUGCUGCUGAUCCCGCGCCGCCCGCUGAAGAACCCGCUUCUCAGGAAUCAGUAACCGAAGAGCCUGAAGCUGAGGUUGUCGCUACAGAAGCAGCGGUGGCGGAAGUGCCAAAGGAUGAACCAGAGGCUGCCAUUGAAGACAAGCCUGAGACCGAAGAACUUCCGGCUGAGACUGUUACCUUGGCAGAUGGUGAUGCUGAAGCGACUGAACUUCAGACGGAAGAGACCACAACUGUAGCUGCUGUCGAAGGAGAGGCAACUCAGGAACCGGCCGCAGAAUCUGAGGCCACAAAGAUCGAUGAGGUCGCCCCGACUGAAGAGGCAGGUGAGGUUACGACUGAAUCUGCUGGCACCGAAACUGCCAACCCCGACGAAGAAGCUGCUGCUGCAGAGACUCAGCCGGAGGCGGCCAAUGAGGAGGCCGCUGCUGCUACACCUUCCGAAGAGCCAUCGGCAACAGACGCUGCGGUUGAGACACAAGCCGUCGAAGAAACACCUGCCGGGGAGGUGGUCGCUGAGACACCUAAUGCAAGUGAGCAUCAAGAUGAAGAACAGGCAUCUUCUGAACAGCCCGUUGCAGAUGAGGCAAAACCUGAGGAACCAUCAUCUACUGAGCAACAGCCAGAGCAGUCUGCAGACGUUGGCGCUGAACAGACUGAAGCCGAAAACGUGGAAACCAAGAACUCUGAUGUCAAAGACUCUGAAGAAGAACCGGUCACUGAACCCAAAGAAGACGUCACUGAAGCUCCGGCAGAGGAAUCAAGUGCCCCAGCUUCAACAGAGGUCGAGGUGAACGAGGACAAGUCUGAACCAGCAGCCGAAGUGCAACCUGCUGAAACCGAAGCGGAAGCCGCUGCCCCAGAAACUGCAACUGCUGAAGCAGCAGAGCACCAAGAUCCUGACCCUGACACUGCUGCUGCUCCGGCUAAAGAUGAAGCGCCGCAAGCUGCAGAUUCUCCAUCAUCUCCCAAGCAGGUUCACUUCUCAGAGACCGACGUUGUCAUUACAGAAACCGCAACUGAAAAUGCUGACGAGACGGAUCCGCCUGCUGAAGCUAAGGAGGCGACGGAGGACUUGCAAGUGGAAGAACCGAAGACAGAAUCUGCCGAGGUAGAGCCACACGCAGAAACUCCCGCUUCAGAAGAGCCUGCAGAAAUUGCUUCAGAAGAUGUUCCCGCUACCAACGAACAGGAGUCUGAGCCACAGCCUGAAGUUGCCAAGGAUAAAGAGGGAGCACCAGCCGCCGUCGAGCCCGAAGCUCAACCAGAUGAAGAAAUUGCAGCUGAAGCAGGAGAAGGCAAGUCUGCGGAGGGAGAGGCAGUAAAGGAUUCUGAAGAUUCCGCGCAGUCCCCCGAUGCUGAGACCCCAAGUGUCGACGGAAUAGCAUCGGAGGAAGUGACAGCAGAAUCUGGGGCGGAAGAGCCUGCUGCUGAGGAACCCUCUGAUGCUGCCGAUGCCACUGCCGCUGAGCAGACAAAGGAGGUUGACGAAGAGGCUCCCGCAGACGUUGAGGAAAAGGCUGAGGUCGACACUGCUGCCGCAGAUGUGGCACCCGAAGCUACUGACAGUGCAGAAAAUGAGACUGAUGCUCCCGCUGAAAUCGAAACAAAAGAAGCUGAAGAUCCUGCGGAAGCUACUGGUGAACCCUCCGAGGAAGAAGCUGUAGUUUCGCUUGAGCAGGCAGCUCCCGUCGAGAUUGACCAAGAGAAAGCCGAAGGAACGACGGAAGCCGAAGAGCCGACCAAAGCUUCUGAUGUAAGCCCGGAUGUAACCUCUGCAGAGCCUACUGAGGAGGCGCCAGCAGACGAGGACAAAUCCGCUCCCGCAGAGGAAAGCAACGUGCCCGAGGAAGACGCAGCUGCAGCGAAGACCGAAGAAGUCAACGCUGUUGAAGCCGAACCCACUGAAUCUGCUAUCGCCGAAGACACUACAGGCGUAGAGACUGCAGCGGAUGCAAGUGAGACGCCAGACCAAGUAGAGGCAGAAGCAGAAGAAACUGCUGCGGCCGCCGCUGAAGCUACUGCUCCUGAAGAAUCGGACGAGUCUAAAGUGGUAGAAGAGCAGGCUACUGCGGAGGAUGCAGCCGCUGACGACACAGCUGAAGCGGCUGAAGCUGAAGCUCCUGAGGAAACCGUUACUGAUGCAGCACCUACUGAAGAGGCCGUUACCCAAGAAGAAGCGGCAGUUGAAGAAACACAGACGUCGAAAGAAGUCGCCGAGGUUGCAGCAGAGGUGGCUGAAGAUACCGAAGAUGCGCCUGCAGUAGAGGAGCCAGAACCAGCGGAUGAGCCCGCAGCGCCAGCAGAAAGUGACAAGCCGGAAGACGUUGCUGCGGCCGAAGAAGAUGAAGUCGUCGCCGAGACGGCUGACGCUGAAGAACAAGACGACGUGGCUGAUGUUAAACACGAACAGCCCGAACCAGCGUUAGUCGAGCUAGCCGAGCCUGAGGUCUGCGAGGAACCUACCCCUGUGGAAGAACCAGUCGCUGCAGCAGAAGAGACUACUGAUGCACCUGCCGAGUCUACAGAGGCCAAGGAAGAUGCAGAGCCUGUAGAAGAGCCAGCAGAGCAGGUCGAAUCCGCCAACGUAGAACAGGCUGGUGAGCCAGAGGCCAAGGCUGAAGAACCCGCUGACGCCGAGCCAACUGCUGCUCAAGCUGAAGAGUCUCCCGCUGCCGCAGAGCCAGAGGCGGCCGAAGUUUCUGAAGCAGCAGAUGAUGAUAAUGACGAAGCAGAAGCUCCGGAUGCCGACGAGACCAAAGCCCAAGUCGGUGUUCAGGAUGAAGAGAAGCCAGAACCAGAGACGGAGGAACCAGCGGCCCCCGAAGAAGUCUCUGCCGAUCCUGAACCUGACACUGCUGCCGAACCCGAGGUGGAAGCAGAACAGCCGACCGCUGAAGCAGCCGAGCCUGCUGAGCCCGCACCCGAGGCUGCAGAGGCUAAGGACUCAGAGGAGCCUGCUGAGGCCCCGGUUGUGGAGGAGGUACAACCGGAAGCCGAGCCAGAAAGCCAGGGACCUGUCCUUGAAGAACCUGCCGAAGAGUCAAAAGAGGUUGAGGCGCCAGAGCCCGAGGACGACUCCCUCAGCGGCACAACUGCUGCCAUUGCCGCCGGAGUCGCUGUCGCAGCUGGAGGAGCUGCUCUCGCGGGUGCUCACUUGUCCAAGGACGAUGAGCCGGAAGCCGCAAAAGACGAAAAGGACAAAGCCACCCCCACAGGUGUUCAGACACCAGAGGAGGAGGAGAGUAAGGAUACUGUUGGGCCAAUUCCAGGAGAGGAAAAGUUGACGCCCAAGUCGAAGAAAGGUGAGGAACUGCAUUCUUUCCAUGAUACCCCUAGUGAUUUUUCGGAAGUUGUUGAAGAUACCAAUUUGGAGAAAGACGGGGAUGAUGGUGAUAAUGGCGUUCUGGCGUUAAAGCAACAAGAGGAGGAAAAGGAAUUGGAAUUGGGAUUGGAGCCUGCUACCCAGCAGGUCUUGGAGGAGGCUGCUGAGACGCAGCCUGAAGUCUCGGAAGAGAUUCCCGAAGAAACUGCAGUUGAUAGCGGAGAACCCGCCGCAAUUGUGACCGAGGAGCCAGUCAUAGACACGGAGGAACCGGUUGUUGACGCCGAUGAGCCUGCUAUUGACAUUGAGGAGCCCGCUGAUAUUGAAGGGCCCGAUGUCGUCACCGAGGAGCGCACUGUCAUGGAUGAUGUGCCUCCUAUGGACGCUGAAGAGGUGCCUGUUGUCGACGUCAAAGAACUUGUUGUCGACACUGAAGAGCCUGCUGACACUAAGGAGCUUGUUGUCGACAAUGCGGAGCUUACUGCCGCUUCUGAAGAGCGUGCCGGUGUUGCUGAGGAGUCAAUCGAUGCUGCUUUGGAGCCUGCAGCAAUUGUUACUGACGAACUUGUGGUCGAUGCCAAUGAGCCUCUUAUUACCGACGAGGAGCCUGCCGACGAUCUCAAAGAACCUGAUGUAAUAAUUACUGAGGACCUUGCUUCUCAGGAGCCCACCGUCGUUGCCGAGGAACCUCCUGUCGCCGCGGAGGAGCCUAAUGAUACUACGUCCAACGAUCUUGUGGUGGAUGUCGAGUCUGUUGAUAUCAAGGAGCCUCUCGUUGUCGUUGAAGAAUCUACCGCCGAUCUUAACGAGCCUGUCGUAACCGUUAUUGAGGAACCUCCUGUUGGGGAGCUGGCUACCGAGGGAUCCACUCGCAAUGAGCCUGCUGCUGAAGAACUUGCUGUCGAAGAACCUGCUGUCGAACCUGCUGCUGAGAAACCUGUUGAAGAUCUCCCUGCAGAAGUACCCCCUACUGAGGAGCCAGCUGUUAAGGAGCCAGUUAAGGAGCAACCUACUGCUGAAGAUCCUGCCGUCGAAGAGCUCGCUGCCGAGAUUCCUGCCGUUGAAGAAUCUCACGCCGAGGAGCCUCUUGCCGAGGAACUUCCUGCUCAAGAGCCUUUUGCUGCAGAGCCUGCUAAUGAGGAAGUUCCUGACUGA